UGGAGCGCCGCGCCGAACGCUGCAACGUUCUGAAUUUGAAUUUUUUAAUAUUUAGAAUUUCCCUGCGCCAGGCUCGAUAUGCAGAACGUUUGAAUUUGAAAUAAAAAUAGGGGAAGAAAAAUACCAGAGCUGUUUGGCGGCAGAAUUUCUCAAGAGUUGUAUAUAUUUUCGCGUGUAAAGAAAGGCACCUGACUCAGUGCAAGCGAAUGAUUUUGAUUUCAAGAACUGUGAGCGGUAGAUGAAAGCGCCGACACCGCGGCUGCUCUUUGAUCUGAAAGGAGGCGCUAAAGGAAGAUUUAUUGAUUGAUUUGGUGGAAAGCUAAAGCAACUUUUUAAUCUCGUCUAAACAUAUUCCAACCCUCCUGAUUGAUGGAGAGUCACAGGACGAGCAUUUUCGGAAUCAAACCAUUUCAUUGUGACACUUUGCACCUUUAAAUCACAUCUGCCAAUCCACGCGGCGUCUUUAUAGUUGACAGUUCUUGAGCGGUACGGACCGAACUGAUCUGACCCGUUCUCUGAAGUUUGACGCGCGCACGGUUCGAUCAUGGGCUGCACGGUGAGCGCUGAAGACAAGGCGGCCGCCGAGAGAUCGAAGAUGAUCGACAAAAACCUGCGGGAGGAUGGAGAGAAGGCGGCGAGGGAGGUGAAACUGCUCCUGCUCGGUGCAGGUGAAUCAGGGAAGAGCACCAUUGUGAAACAGAUGAAAAUCAUCCAUGAAGAUGGCUACUCAGAAGACGAGUGUAAGCAGUACAGAGCCGUGGUCUACAGCAACACCAUCCAGUCCAUAAUGGCCAUUAUUAAAGCCAUGAGCAACCUCAAGAUCGACUACGGAGAGGCGGCCCGAGUGGAUGACGCACGGCAGCUGUUUGCUCUGUCUGCAGCAGCGGAGGAGCAGGGAAUCUUAACUGACGACCUGGCCAAUGUGAUCCGCAGACUGUGGGCCGACAGCGGGGUGCAGGGCUGCUUCACCCGCUCCAGAGAAUACCAGCUCAACGACUCGGCUGCUUAUUAUCUGAAGGAUAUGGAUAGGAUAGGACGGGCAGACUACGUUCCCACGCAGCAGGACGUCUUGAGGACCAGAGUGAAGACCACUGGGAUCGUGGAGACACAUUUCACUUUUAAAGAUCUGCACUUCAAGAUGUUUGAUGUGGGAGGUCAGAGGUCGGAGAGGAAGAAAUGGAUCCAUUGCUUUGAGGGAGUAACAGCCAUAAUCUUCUGUGUGGCUCUGAGCGCUUAUGACCUGGUGCUCGCAGAGGAUGAGGAGAUGAACCGCAUGCAUGAAAGCAUGAAACUGUUCGACUCCAUCUGCAACAACAAGUGGUUCACCGAGACCUCCAUCAUCCUCUUCCUCAACAAGAAGGAUUUGUUUGAGGAGAAGAUCACACGCAGUCCUCUCACCAUCUGCUUUCCUGAAUACCCAGGAGCCAAUAAAUAUGACGAGGCUGCCAGUUACAUCCAGACCAAGUUUGAGGACCUCAACAAGAAAAAGGACACAAAGGAAAUUUACACCCACUUUACCUGUGCUACUGACACUAAGAACGUGCAGUUUGUGUUUGACGCCGUCACUGAUGUCAUCAUCAAAAACAACCUGAAGGACUGCGGCCUCUUUUAAUGAAGGUGGCCAAGAGAAUGACCAGGAAAGUGUAAAGUGUUUGAUGGAGCUGGUCAACGGGUUGCACACCACAUGCUAGACUGCCUUCAGCUACCUAUAAGAAUCGUGUUUUGUUUUUGUUUUUUGAUAACCUGAAAAAGACUUGUGAACCAGGAAAAGAGAAACUUCACAGAAUUCCAGAACACCAUCCUUCUUUCCAGAAUCUUGAAUUUUAAAUUGGUUCUCAAUGUGUAAAUAUUUAAUUUUGCAGUUAUUUUCUGCCAAAAAAAAUAAACCAAGUGGAGAAUCAGGAUUAUAUUCUGAUAUUUGUUUCUAUUGAGCUUUUGUUUUUUUUGAAGGGUUACCAAUGGGGUGGGUGAGGACUUCUAUUAUGGAUGUGCUAGUUUUAUUCAACUCAAUGGCAAAAUGCUUCUUUUGUAAAGUUAAUGUGAGCACAGAAAGGAAAUGAGACAUCUCUUUUGUAAACCUUUAGCACCGAAUCUUCAUCCCAGGCUCAACUGUAUAUUGUUGCAUGAUGACGGACCAUAUGAAAUGGCUCGCUCUCUCUAAACCUCGACGUGACAUUCCCUCAGCCACUGAUAUAUCUGGACACUCUCUACUAGCUUGACUGUGACACUGUCCAAAAUCGACUAACUUGUAAAAUAUUUAUAUCCGACCUCACAUUUCUCCUUCCUGUUGCUGUACCAUCCCUUUUUUUUUUCCUCGCGAUGUCUGUGCCUUGUUUUCACUGUCUGUAGAUCAUAGGGCUGUUUUUAUUCACGCUAUCAAAUGAAAAGUGUAAAAGUGUUGAGCACAUUUUAAGAGCUAAAUAAAACUUAGACUACAGUCUUUGGGUUAAUAUCUAAAUGCCAUAAAAGAUUUCGUUGGAAAUAAAAGUUAUGUAAGAUAGA